AGAUGUGCUCUUGUAAUGUCGAUAAAGCUGUGCUCCAAAAUGCGAGUAUGCAGUGUAACGCUGCUGUAUACAGACUGACUCUGAGCAGUGCCUCGUUCAGGCAGAUUGACAGUUUGAAGUUCUUGGGGAUCAAGAUGCAGGAAACUGAUUGGGCGCAUUUCGACGACCGAGUGAACGACCACAACAGCAGUUGUUAGCACCAGCAAAUCAGCGCUGCUGCCUGAGCCAGUGGAGUAGGCCUGUCACUUCAGCCCUUCAAGACGCAUGCCUUCCUUUGAUCUUUCAAAGCCUUUUUACUUUUGCUGGAGGCUUUUUUACUUUCCAAAGGCCUACCUUGCUUGGAAGGCAUCGUCAACUGCAACCAUGGAAGCCGCAGGGGGGAUCAUCUCCCUCACCUGGGACGUCUUCGACAGCACCAUCAGAGUAUUCCGGUUCCUCACGGCCAUGGUUGAGAUGCCAAGAGACUGCGAGAAAUAUAGGCUGCAGUUGGUCAUCGAAUACAACCGCGUCCUGGCCUGGGGUAAGGCGGCCGGCCUCAUCGAUGUGCCCGAAGGCUCGACUCUGGGUACCGUACUGGGAGCCGAAGGUAUCGAGCUUGCAGCUAUACUCGCCCGUAUACAGUGGCUGCUCUCUGAGUUCCGCGACUACAAUGCCCGGUACGGCAAUGAGCUCAACCCAUACGUCUAUGACGAGGAUGGCAAGCAAAUAGCAAAAGAAAUCAGGGGCUUGGAGCGAGACGAGGAGAAGCGAGCGUCUAUCGGCGAAACGGAUACAACCUCGGCCGCAGAUGCCGACAUUGUGAAGGAUGUCUCGGCUUUGGCGGUGUCCUACGAAAAAGAGAAGAAGGAGCGCAGGCACCUCAAGGGAACCAACCAUAUCAGGGGCUUCCUCUCCAAGGCGGGUUACCACACCAAAGACAUGCUCACCCACCCCGGCCGAGUGCGAUGGCUCGUCAUGGACGGCGAGGAGUUCAAAAAGCUCCUCGAAGACCUCCACUUCCUGACCGAGCGUCUCCACGAGCUCAUAAGAGACCACCGUGACAAGCGCAUCGACGACAUCACCGCAAAGACUUACCGGGAGAUGAUCCUUACCCGCAACGACAUCCAAGACCUCCGCGACAUGCUUGACGCCGUCUCCGGCAUUGUUGCCACCUCCUCCCGCAACCAUGCCACCGCUGCCGCCCAAAACAACGACAAAACCCUGCAAGACCUUGUCCAACUUAAAAAGCUCUCCCGCACUUCAGACGCCAUUCUCUCCCAGCUCCACGACGACAACCAACCCCUCAAGCUCUCCUCCCUCUCCGACCUCAUCACAAUCACGGUUCCCGAGUACACCCCCGCCACCCUGGACACCUCCUUCGGCUGGAACGAAGACGAAACCGCCCACCCCGAAUACCUCCCCCGGCCCCGCGGCAUCCUCACCACCCCCCACGGCGACAUUCCAGUGUGGAUAGAGUGGAAAUCAAUCGGGGCCUUCAAACCCAAUUCCCUCCAAGACAAGCAAUCCGCCCUUCGCACCGUCGCCCUGGCCGAGAUGCUUCACCUCCCCAAGCCCGGCUCGCUACCCACCUGCGUCGGGUACUUUGACGACAGGGCUUACAACGACACGGAGCGGUACGCCUGGAUAUUCAAAUUCCCCGAGGGCUCUGACUACGACACCCGGAUUGUAUCACUUUAUUCCCUCCUCGGCAACAGGACCUACCGCCCGUCUCUGUCACAGCGGGUGGUCCUGGCAGAAAAACUUUGUUCUACCGUCCUCAACAUUCAUGCGGUCAACUGGUUGCACAAGGGAAUAUUCUCGGAAAAUGUGCUUUUCUGCCUUGAUGACGGGCGGGUGGCGUACGACCCUACCUCGCCCAUCCUCUCGGGAUUUGAGUUUUCUCGUCCCGAUGGGACGGCUACGACGGCGAGGGAUACGGAUAUUGUGUGGGAUUUGUAUCGGUGGCCGGGGAUACAGCGGCAGCGGCCUACGGAGAGGAAUUCGAAAAAGACAUAUGAUCUUUAUUCUCUGGGGUUGGUGUUGUUGGAGGUGGCUCACUGGGAGAAACUCCAUGUUCUUAUGGGGUUUGGGAAGGGGAGGAAAGCCAAGGUGGUCGAGGGCGAGGAAGAAAAGGGGUAUCCCAAUGUUAGUUUGGAGGAGAGCAAAAACGUGAGGGAUUGGCUUUUGGGUGUCAGGAAAGAGGGGGCGCCGUUUGAGAUUAACCCUCUGGCGGAGUUGGGGGGUUUGGUAGGGGAGAGGUACGCGAGGGUGGUGGAGAGGUGCUUGUGGGCUCAUGGGGAGAGGGGGUUUGGUGUGGCGGAUGGGCUGUUGGGUGUUGAUGGGGGUUUGGUGCUGCAGGAGGCGUUUACCGAGGGGGUGGUGGAGGAGUUGAGGGGGAUUAGGCUUUGAGGAAGGGAGUUUGGGAGAUGAUAUGUUGAUGAUUUGACGCCUUUUGCUGCGUAACUUAUGCGUUUGAAGAUGAUAGAAAGGGGCCUAGGUAUGAUUGACAGGCUUUAAACAUAUGCGAAAGGGGCCUUUGAAGGUAGGCCAUAGGCCAAGGGUAUAUAUGUUUUUACCCAAGUAAAGAAAUCCUCCACAAGGAUAA